ACGCAAUCGCGUAGCGCCGGAAGCGGCUGAGCGGGCCAUGGAGGACAGACCCGCCGGCGGAACCCUCCCGCGAGAGGCCUCGACUGAGGAGGCUGAGCCGCUGGGUGCUGCGUGGAGCGGGGACAGCGGCCACGUAUCGCAGAGCCACAGCAGCGCGUCGGGGCCGUGGGAGGAUGACGGCCCCGAGGACGCGCCGGGCCGCGACCUGCCGCUGCUGCGCCGCGCCGCUUUGGGCUACGCCUCCAGCCUGCUGCCCGCCCCGGGCCCGCGGCCCGAGGUGGAGGCCCUGGACGCCAGCCUGGAGGAGCUGCUGGCCAGGGUGGACGAGUUCGUGGGCAUGCUGGACAUGAUUCGCGGAGACUCGUCCCACGUGGUGAGCGAGGGCGUGCCGCAGAUUCACGCCAAAGCGGCGGAGAUGAGGCGCAUCUACGGCCGGAUCGACAAGCUCGAGGCCUUCGUGAGGAUGAUCGGCUGCAGCGUGGCCAGGUUGGAGGAGCAGGUCACCAAGGCCGAAGCCGAGCUGGGGACCUUCCCUCGGGCUUUCCGGAGGCUCUUGCACACCAUCAGUGUUCCCGCUCUCUUCAAGUCGGCGCCCACCGGGCCCCAGCGCGCUGCCUACGAGCCGCCGGUCCUGUUUCGGACCGAGGACCACUUCCCCAGCUGCGAUGACAGACCGCAGCUCUGAGCUUGCGCCUCUACCGCAGGAGGACUCCAAGGAGACUCUUGUCCCGAGUGUUAAGAGAUCCUGCCUUAUGAUGUCAGGAUGUGAACUGUGAAAAGGUUAUUUUCUGUAAACGACUUGAUACUGUCAAUAUUCAAUGUCGAGAGUGUAGAUCCCCGUGUCUUCCAGUUCUGAUCCGGAAGUUGUUUGGUGGGGGGGCUGGGGAAGCCAACUGAAUUAAUUUAUCUGUGCAAUAUGGCAGAGCUGUUAUUUUUUAUGGCCUUUAUUACAGUUAACAGUGUUACCUUGUUAAGAUUUAUAUAUUUAUAUGAUCAAAAGUGACCAAGAAAUUAAAGCUGUAUUCUUAAAUCCUAA